UAAGUACAUCCCCACUCCAAGACUUGUUCCUCACGUCACUCUCUCUCACAUAAAGAUGGCCUUCUUUUUCUGUUUUCUCUUCUUUUUCCUUUCUUCCUUUGCUGCUGCUUGCGAUCGAUGUGUGCAUCAAACCAAGGCCGCUUAUUUCUCCUCCUCUGCUCCUCUCUCCUCUGGGGCUUGCGGGUAUGGUUCCCUGGCUCUGAGUUUUAACGCCGGAUACCUUGCAGCUGGUGUUUCUUCGCUUUAUAGAGAUGGAGUUGGUUGUGGGGCGUGCUUUCAGAUAAGGUGCAAGAACGAGACCCUCUGCAACGGAGGAGGGACUAAAGUGAUCUUGACCGAUCUUAAUCGAAACAACCAAACGGAUUUGGUUCUCAGUAGCAGAGCUUUUUCGGCGAUGGCACAUCAGGGUAUGGCUAGGGACAUUUUAAAGCUCGGGAUUCUUGACGUAGAGUACAAGAGGAUACCUUGUGAUUAUAAAAAGCAAAAAUUGUCAGUAAGAGUGGAAGAGACGAGCCAAAGGCCACACUAUUUAGCAAUAAAGUUGCUAUAUCAAGGUGGCCAGACCGACAUUGUUGCGGUUGAUGUAGCUCAGGUGGGUUCUUCAAAUUGGCGUUACAUGAGCAGGAAGUAUGGGACAGUUUGGGAUACAAGUCGGGUGCCAAUGGGGGCAUUGCAGUUUCGGCUAGUGGUGACGGGAGGGUUUGACGGCAAAUGGGUCUGGGCACCAAAAGUGCUUCCUGCUGACUGGAGGCCUGGGAUGACUUACGAUUCUGGAAUUCAAAUCACUGAUAUUGCCCAGGAGGGUUGUUCGCCUUGCAAUGAUCAACACUGGAGCUGAAUAUACUGGUUGGUAUGCCAAAGAAGGAAGGGCCAGGGGUAAAAAGUAUAGUAUGUGCAUAUGCUUCUAAUGGUUACUUGUUUAUUUCAUUCGUUGAAUUAAAUCAUGUAAAGAAACCUCCACAUAACAAUGCCUUUUUUGUUCUUAGCUUCGGACCAGUGUGGUAGUGCACUGAAACAUGUUAAUUAAUGUUUCUUUAAUUUAU